AUGAUGAAGCUGCUUCUUUCUCUGACUCUCUUCUGGACGCUCUCCAGCACAGGUGAAGCACUUGUGUGUGAAACUUGUACAAAUGCUACCUGUUCAACCACAGCACCAGUUACAUGUCCCACAGAAACGAUGUGUAUCACAGCUUCCAUUCAAGCUGUUUCAUCUGGGACUCCUGGACAGCAAAUCUACAAGGCCUGUGCCCCCCCCUCCCUGUGUCCAGCCACAGGCUCUCAGAUAUUUUCAGUUAACUUGGGUGUUUCAAGUGCACUUGCCAGUGCUGCAUGCUGCAGCACAGACAGCUGCAACUCCAACACUCUGCCUUUCCCUGUGGUUCCAGCAGUUAACAGUCUGCAGUGUCACGUUUGUAGGCCCGUCACCUCUGAUUGCAGCUCUUCAAUCCAAUGUAGGGGGACAGAGGAUCGCUGCUUUCAAGCCACUGUGACAAAUACGGGCGGCACUUCUCCAGCUUUUGGCUGUGCAUCUACAAAUCAGUGUGCAGCUGCUGCCAGCCUGGGGUCACUGGCUUUCAUGCAAGAUGUUGGUAACAUUACCAGUGGACCAGCAUGUUGUGGGACUAGUUUGUGUAACACUCUAACUGCACUAACAACAACCACUACCAACUUCAGCCCCAACAACAGCAAUCACUUUCCCAGCUACAUCCAAUACCCCAACAACAGCAAUCACUUUCCCAGCUACAUCCAAUACCCCAACAACAGCAAUCACUUUCCCAGCUACAUCCAAUACCCCAACAACAGCAAUCACUUUCCCAGCUACAGCCACUAUCCAAACCACAGCAACUACAGCCCCAGGUAA